GGCUUUCUCCCAAUUAUCCUUUAUCAAGUUGCAUCCCCACCCAACCCAUCGCCUUGACCUGUGUUUUGAACAUGGCGUCUGUAAGCAAUGGAAAUACCCCAACCAUCACGGAGGAGGUGGGUAAACCUCCGGAGGGAGUAGUCUUGCCACCUAAAGAUAUACGAGCCAUUGUGGAGAAGACCGCAGGUUAUGUUGCAAGGAAUGGUAUUGUCUUUGAAGAUCGCGUACGCGAAAAGGAACGCAAUAACCCUAAAUUCUCCUUCCUGAAUCCUGACGAUCCUUAUGCAAGCUUUUAUCAAUGGCGACUUGUCGAAAUAAAGGAGGGCAGAGGAACAUCUGUAUCUGCAGGCCGAUCGGGCGAACCUGCUGCAGCUCCUGAGCCGGAGCAACCUACGGGGCCCGAACCACCUACUGACUUUCACUUUUCCGCGCGGAUGCCUAUUAUAAACGCGCAAGAUCUGGAAGUUGUUAAGCUCACGGCUCUUUUCGUUGCCAAGAGGGGGAAAUCGUUUAUGACGGCUCUGUCUCAGCGAGAAGCCAGGAACUUCCAGUUUGAUUUCUUACGUCCGCAACACAGCCUUUAUCAAUUCUUUACCCGACUGGUAGACCAAUAUAUUAUCCUACUGCGAUCUGAAGGCCUCGAUCAGGCGUCGUCGGAGAAAACCCGUCUGGUAGAGCUGGAGCAUAAUGUUCAAAAUAAGUAUCAUGUUUUGGAUCGCGCCAAGAAGCGUGCCGAGUGGGUGAAAUACCAGGAACAGCAGAAGCAGAAGAAAGAAGAGGAAGAAGAACAGGAGCGCAUUGCUUAUGCGCAGAUUGACUGGCAUGAUUUCGUGGUCGUUGAAACCGUGCUAUUCACAGAGACCGAUGAUCAAGUUGACCUCCCACCACCCACCUCUCUCAACGAUCUCCAAUCUGCUUCUCUGGAGCAGAAAGCUAUGAUGUCUCUGAACCCUCUCCGUAUCGAAGAAGCAAUGCCGACAGACGAGGAGGUACCGACUUAUUACAAUGCCUACCCUGCCCAACCAGAACCAAUUCCUCAACCGGCUGUCCAACCCGCCGGACCUGCAUUCCAUCCUCAAUUACAACCUCCCCAGCCUAUCCCGGUUGCUUCCACCACCGCACCGGAAGAGGAACAGCGUAUUCGCGAACGAAUGGAGGCCCGUGAGAAAGCCGCUGCCACUCAAGCAGCCGCCAAAGCCGCCCCGGGUCAACAACCUAUGCGCAUCCGCUCCGAUUAUGUUCCACGUGCACAGGCGCGCCGUCUCAACCAAUCUGGCACCACUGCACUCUGUCCCAACUGUCACCAGCAGAUUCCAGUUGCUGAACUGGACCAGCAUAUGCGUAUCGAGUUGCUCGACCCGCGCUGGAAGGAACAGCGCGCUAAGGCCGAAUCCCGAAGCGCUACAACUAACUUGUCGACCGCAGACGUGGUCAACAAUCUCAAACGUCUCGCCAGCCAGCGAAGCGACGUCUUCGACUCGACAGUGCUUCCGGGCGUACCCGACCCGGAAGAAGAGGCGAGGAAAAAGCGCAUGGCAUUCGAGACUGCCCCCGGCGCAGGACCUACGCCACCCAUUGUCGGCCCUGCCGGUGGCCCACCCAAUCCUCAGAAUAUGAAUAUCGAGGAACAGAUCAGACAUCUUCACGAGCGUUACAGGCAAUGAUCGAUCGGCAAUUCGUUUGGGUCUUUGAUUCUUUGGACCGUUCAUCGGCGUUUAUCAUGUGGAGUUUGCGGUCUUUCUUAACUUAUUGAGACGGCAGAUGUAAAAUAUUCUUUCCGUCUUGUCAUACUUCACGAUGGAUUUAAAAUUCAAGGCGGGAAAUCUAUAGUAGUAAGAUAUUUAUACCAAAUGUUCAUUGCUCAGCAUGAUUUACGUCUCCUGGUUUGGAGUUGGCCUAUGAUAAUCCAAUUUUUCCAUGAAUUAGUCCUCAAACUACCAUUUCCUCUAAUAAAUCCCCUUUGGAGCUCAAUUCUAUAGAUGAAAUCUCGGAUCAUGAAUUAUCAGAACCUCUAUACCUGAUGUGCAUAUAAUAGCUAUAGGCUGACGUGCCCUUGCAUCAUUCCAUACAUUAGAACCGUGGACGUUUCCAUCGCCAUGUAUAUCGCAUAAAAGCAACAACCGCAAAGAAACUAGCAAAGGAGAACACC